GCCAGGCCACCGAGGCCCAGCUUGGAGGGCCCGGCGUCCCCGGCAGCCCUGAUCUGCCUGGGGCCUGGCGUCCACUCGCUCAGCAGCUUUCCUGCUGCCAAAAUGCCGUUGCCGGAGACGGUGACCUCCUGGCCGGAACUGCACAGCCCGGAGGAGUCGGAGAAGGCACAGACCCCAGUGCGGGGUGCUCAGCAGGCAAGCAAGGGGGACGCGCCCAGCACCCACCACGAGGACACUCGGCCCGGCCUGGGCACCCUUCGGCGGGCCUUCUCCCGGGCAAGCUGGCGGGCAUUGGGCCAGGCCCCCGGGGAGGACCCGAGCCUGCUGCAACGCAGCUCCCGGUUCCUGCUGCGGCCUUUCCGGCGCUCCCUAGAUGGCGGCCCCGCUGCUGCGCCACGGGGGGGCCACAGCCCAGAGGGGCCCUCAGACAUCACGGACGGUGGCAGUGGGCUGUCAACCACCAGGGUGGGGCCUGAGGAACCAGAACAAGAGGAAGGCAAAUCUGUGGCGGAUCUCAUCACGGAGCGGCGACUGCUCGCGGCCUUCGAGCAGCUGCGGCAGCUGGAGACGCGGCUUGUGGCGCAGAAGGCCUCGGGCACCUUCGAGCAGGACCCCACGGGCUUCGCGCGGCGCGCCAUGGACGUGUGCCUGCACUACGACGGGCUGGCGGCGGAGAUCGGCGCCGUCGUGCGCGAGACGCUGGGCGCGGGCGGCGCGGGCGCGGCCGCGCUCGCCGAGGUGGCCCGCGUGGUGCGCGCCGAGGAGGAGGCCCACCCGGCGGCGCCCGCCGACGGCGACUUCCUGCUCACGCCGCGCCGCUGGCGGCAGCUCUGGGAGGACGCGGUGCGGCGGAGCGCGCGGGAGCGCGUGCGGCAGGCGGGCGCGCGGGCAGCCCCCGCGGCGGCCGAGGGUGCGUCGGGCCUGGCGCAGCUCCUGGCCGAGCUCGGCGGCCUGGUCCGCGGCGACCUGCUCAGGGUGCGGCGGGAGGUGCAGCCCGCCUACUCGGCCGCCGGCCUCCCGGCGUGGGAAGCCUACCUGCGCGCCUUCCACGACGCGGUGGCCCAGCGCCUCCAGGAGCUCGCGCGCGACGCCCGGGGCUGCGAGCAGCUCUACGUCCUGCUGGACUGGGCCGCCAACGUCUACUGCAGUCCUGACUUCCUGGGUGCCCCGGACCUCACUCUGUCCACAGAGCCGCUGCCCCCACUCCUGGCACCCGCCGUGUGGGCACGCCUGGAGAGCGACUACACCAGCUUCCUAGAGACCAAGAUCACAAGCUGCUUCGAUGGCAUCCUGCAGCUAGAGCAGAGUCGCUGGGUGUCCGUCGAGGCCCCCGAUGUGCUCCAGGGCCUCUACCACACACCGCUGUCCAUCGACAUCCACAUGCUCGUGGCCGAGCACGUGAAGGCAGCUGGUGCCAUCUCUGCGGAACUGAAGGCCACCACCCUGCGCAUCUGCUCACGGGCGCUCGGCCUCUUUCUGGCCAGGUUUGAAAAGGCUUUUCUGCAAUCGGAGGCGGUGAGCGAACCUCAUCUGGGCGCCUGUAUCAACGCCUUCGAGGAGCUUAGGACCAGACUUCUGGCCAUAUUCCCAGGAACCUUUGAAGAGCUGGAGAAACCUCUAGUGACAGCCAUCUGUGUCUUCCAGAAGCGGCUGCUCCAGGGCUUGCAGUGUGAUGUGCAGCCGCUGUUCAGGGUCCUGUGCACCAAGGCCUGGCUGACACAGGACGUGCUGCAGCCCCUCAUGGACAAAGUGGUGGCCUUCGCCCACCACCUGGAGCAUGUGGCCCCACUGUGGGCACAGGAGACUCUGCAGGAGGCACACCGGUUCGUGGUCCGCGAAUACCUGGCGCAGGUGCUGAGGCCUCGUGAGCGCUUCCGCGGUGUCGAGCGCAUGACUGGCUCCCAGAAGAUGGGCCUCGACGCCCAGGCCAUUGGCGACACCUUCCAGGGCUUGGGCUCAGAGGCCACGUGGCUGGGCCAGGCUAUCCCGUGCGUUGCUGACAUUCUCGGGGAGACUUCCAAGGACGACAUCGGGCGGCACCUGGAGACACUCAUCGGGAGCUACCCAGACAUCAGGCGGGACCACGUGGUGGCCAUCCUGGCGCUGCGCAGGCUCGGCCGCCGUCGCAACCAGCGCCUCCUGCAGCAGGCCCAGCACCUGCUGAGGGCUGCGGCCAAGGCAGAGGGCUCCGGGGCUUCUGGAAGCCAUGUGCUCUUCGAGGAGAUCCAAGUGCCUACCUCCGUGGACCUGCUGAUCACCUGCAUCUAAUGUUCCCGGUCUGAGAGGGGGUGGGCCUCAGGUGGGGGACUGCGUUAGCCAGAGGGUGAGCACCUUCUCCUAGGCACUAAGCUCCCAGCUAGGACCCUAGGGAGGUGCUCUCAGCCUGGCCCCCAGCCUGGAAGCCCAUAAUCACGCAAUGCUCUCCUCAGCCACGCAUGGCUGCCUACCAGAAGGAACAGCAAGAGAGGCAUUUCAGGCAUUUGUGGGGGAGUGUUUGGGGGCGGCUGAGGUUCAACCCUGCCCACAGGGAAGGCCUCCCAGCCUAUGUCCGGCACCACCCCCAGUCUGAAAGUGAAACGGAGUAUUUAUUUUUAAAAUAAAGGUGAAUUAAAAUGGU